AUGACCACAAUUCUCAUCACUGGCGCUACAGGCAAACAAGGAGGCUCCGUCAUCAACAGCCUCCUGCAGAAGAAAGCUCCGUUCAACAUACUCGCGGUCACGCGAGAUGUGAACUCGCCGGCAGCCAAGAAAUUGGCGCAGAAGUCGGAGAGCAUCACCUUGAUUGAAGGAAACCUCGAUAACCCCGCGGCUAUCUUUGAGAAUGCGAAGCGUCAAUGUUCAACGCCGGUCUGGGGCGUCUUUAGUGUCCAGACUGUGAAUCCCAGAAAUGACGACGAAAAACGCCAAGGAAUUGCCCUGAUAGAUGAAUCUAUCAAACAGAACGUGGAGUUCUUCGUGUAUAGUUCCGUGGAUCGACACGGCACAGACUCGGAUCAUAAUCCCACGCCGGUGCCACACUUCAUUCACAAGCAUGAGAUUGAAGUUCACCUGAAAGCGAAGACCACCAAGCACAGCAACAUGCAAUGGACGAUCCUUCGUCCCGUCGCCUUCUUCGAAAAUCUUACCCCAGACUACUUUGGGAAGGUAUUCACAACAGCCUGGAAAAUGAGCUUGAAGGGGAAACCCCUCCAGCUGGUUGCAACAAGUGACAUUGGAUUCUUUGCCGCGGCAGCAUUUAUGAAUCCUGAGGCGUGGAAGAAUCAUGCCUUGACAUUGGCCGGGGAUGAGUUGACGUUUGAUGAGAUGGCAGAGACUUUCAAGCAACAGACCGGCAAGGAUGUGCCCACCACGUUUACCACCCCGGUGUGGUUGAUGAUGACCAUGGUGAAGGAGCUGGGGGUGAUGUUCCAGUGGUUCUUUGAUCAAGGAUAUGCUGCUGAUAUUCCAGCGUUGAAGAAGCUGAAUCCGGAGCUGAAAUCCUUUGCGGAUUGGCUGAAGACAGAGAGUCAAUUUGCGACUCGCUGA